AUGCCUGAAAAUGAACAUGACAAGGUCCCCGAUUUUCCUUGGGAGCUGGGCGUCUACGAUGCCCACUGUCACCCCACGGACACCAUUUCGUCAAUAUCUGACAUUCCAAGGAUGAAAGCAACGACCCUCACAGUCAUGGCCACUAGAGCAGAGGAUCAGGGCCUUGUAUUUCAGAUAGCUAAAGACCUUAACAAUGAAAAACUGACUGUGCAGGAUGUCGAGAUGGAUCGCGUGCUUCCAUGCUUUGGAUGGCAUCCAUGGUUUUCACACCAAAUCAUCGACGAUCAGGAGCCAUCAUCGGAGGCAGCGCAGGGCGUCCUGGAUCCUGAGAGCAAGAAGAUACAUUAUCAGAAAGUCUUAACACCAGCUCCAGAAGAUGAAAACUUCAUUUUUUCUUUACCUGAUCCAAAACCCCUCUCACAAUUCAUCUCCGAAACACGCGAACGGCUACUAUCUUUCCCACAUGCUCUGGUUGGCGAGGUGGGCCUUGACCGUGCUUUCAGACUUCCAAAGGCCUGGACCCAGCAGGAGGCUGACAAUCGGAACGUGCAAAUAACGCCUGGAUCUCGUGAAGGUCGGAGACUCUCACCCUACAGGGUGCACAUGGAACACCAAAAGGCUAUUCUUAAAGCCCAGCUUCGCCUCGCCGGGGAACUUCGACGACCAGUCUCGGUACACAGUGUCCAAGCACAUGGAGCGGUGUUUGAUGUCUUCAAGGAGCUAUGGUCCGGCCAUGAGCGCAGAGUACCAUCGCGACGGGAGAGACGAAGACGUCUUAGCGUUGAAGGUGCUCACGCGGAGAGCGACGCGGAAGACGAGCAAUUGCGAAAGUCACUAAAGCGCGAAGGUCCACCUCUCCCAUAUCCACCCCGGAUCUGUAUGCAUUCGUACUCAGGUCCUGUGGAGCAAUUGAAGCAAUUUCUGAACCCUUCCAAUCCCUCGGACGUCUACUUCUCCUUUUCCAAUGUGAUCAAUUUCAGCGGACCGUCGUCUCAGAAAGUCAUCGCAGUUAUCAAAGCUUUGCCAGAGGACAGAGUACUCAUUGAGAGUGACCUUCACACUGCUGGACAGCAGAUGGAUGAUUUGCUCGAGGAAGUUGCCCGGCAGAUCUGUGAGCUCCGUGGCUGGUCUUUACAAGACGGGGUCCAACGACUGGCAGAUAACUGGAAACGGUUUGUGUUUGGGUAG